CCAGAGGACGACCUCCUAAGUAUUACCACCCUCUCCUUCAGAAAGAAAGGGAGUUGGAAACUCUCGCUCGAAAGAUUCUACCGAAAUCCAUUGCUGACGCUCUCCGCCCGAAAGGGUCCAGACUCGCACACUUGUAUGGCUUGCCGAAGACACAUAAAGAACAGUUGGCCGUGCGGCCAAUACUCUCUGCUACUAACACCUACAAUUACUCGCUAGCGAAAUGGCUUGACGACAAAUUGAAACCCCUGUCGUGCAACCAAUAUACAGUGACAGACACAUUCCGCUUUGCUGAUGAAGUACGAGGCUUCGAGAUCAAGAACGGCGAAAUUUUAGUUUCCUAUGACGUCACCUCAUUGUUUACAAAUGUACCAUUGGAGGAAACAAUACAGAUCUUAGCUGAAAAAGCCUUUGCCCAGGAUUGGUUCAACGAGACGCACAGCUUGAACAUCUCUAAAGCGGACCUAAUCGACCUCCUCCGAGCAGCUACGAAAAACCAGCUUUUCCAGUUUGACGGUGCUUUAUAUGAGCAGACAGAUGGAGUCGCUAUGGGUUCUCCCCUUGGACCGUUGCUGGCUAACGUCUUCAUGUGCUCGAUUGAGGAAAACCUCGAACAACAUGGUCAACUUCCGCGCUAUUACCGGAGGUACGUCGAUGACACCCUGACCGUAAUGCCUGAUAGGGUGUCCGCUGGCCAGUUUCUAGACACCCUUAACUCUACCCAUCCCUCCCUCCAGUUUACCAUGGAAGUCGAACGGGAAGGAUCCCUUCCCUUUCUAGGAACUGAACUGCUUAACCGUGCACCAAAGAUUGAGAGCAAGGUCUACAUCAAAAGAACCAACACGGGUCUCCUUCUGCAUUUCCAGAGUCAUGUUGACAUUAAGUACAAGCGCAGCCUAGUUAACACCAUGGUGGAUCGCGCCUAUCGAUUAUCUUCUAACUGGUCUUUCUUCUCCGAGGAAUGUGACCGCCUUAGAGGGGUUUUUCAUAACUUGAAAUACCCAAAGCCACUGGUUGAAACUACAAUCAAGCGGUUCGUUGAGAGAAGGAUUUCAUCUGCAGAGCCCUGUCCAUCACCAGACGUACCAUUGGAGAUUGUGAGAUUAGUGUUACCCUUCAAGGACCAGUCGUCAGCUAAUCAUGUUAAACAACAACUGAACAGUCUAAGCUCGAAGUUAAGCGUGACUGUCCAACCAGUGUUCGUUAGCCCUAAGCUCGAUCAACAGCUUAAGCAACACGAAAUUAAGCCCCCUAUUGUUAACCAACAAUGUAUCGUUUAUGAAUUUAAAUGUAACCUGUGUGAUGCAGGGUAUGUGGGCUACACUCGUGGUCACUUACACGAGCGCGUAGAAGGGCACACCAGGAAAUCAUCUUCUAUCUACAAACACUACCACCUCCAGCACAAUAGUGAAAUGCCUGAACGCUUGAUCGAGCAAUUCAACGUCAUCGCGAAAUGUAACGGCAAAUUUGAUUGCCUUGUUAAUGAAAUGUUGUAUAUUCGCAUGCGUAAGCCAACACUGAACGUGCAAACGGAUUCCAUCCGCGCCAAGGUGUUUGUUUAAGCCGUUCAUUCUAAUUUAUGCUAUUCUUGUACCUUUCCUUA